CUUUCCGUUUCGCGACAGGUGUUUGUCUAGGAACUUUGAAGCCAACGAUCGAGAGGUGUACUACCGAUUCUUCGCAGGAAGCUCUGUUCUGGCUUUGAAUAUAACAGUAUCUGGGAUUGUCUUUCGUUUCAAUUCAUUUGCUCAAAUAACUUGCCAUCAUGGCCACCCAAGAAAAGAUCACGGUCUACAACUUAGCAGACCUCAAAAACACCACCGACGACGCCAUCCCCAACUACCUCACCUCCCUCUCCUUCACCCCCUCCCACCUCCUCACCGACGUCCGCCUCGCCCUCGGCUUCUCCGCGUUCGCCCUCUCCGCCGCCUGCUUCGCCUGGGACUACAACUUCGGCUUCGAGUCCACAAAAACUUACACCGCCUUCGCCGUCGCCCUCUACACCAUCCUCAACGGACUCCUCACCUUUUGGAUCUUCUAUGUCGAAAAGGGCACAAUCUACCAGGGCACCUCCCCAAAAGGUGACAAGAUCCGGAUUUCGACCGAGACAAAAAAGAAUGUACCAGUCUAUCACAUGACGAUUGAGGUCAAGGAUGGGAAGACAGGGGAGAGGAAGACGAUGAAGAUUAGCAGGAGUUUUACCGAGUGGUUUGAUGCCGCGGGGAGGUUUGUUGCGGCACCGUUGCAGACUGUGUUGGCGCAGGGGGUGGAUGUUAUUGGGAGGGUUGAUACCAAGAGGGCGAAUGCUGCAAAGGUUGAGAGUGGGGAGGCAGGGCCGUCGGCGGUAUAUACUCCUGAGAUGUUGGCUAUGUUGAGUGGUGAGGGGGUUAGUGUUGUUGGGUCUGCGGCCGAGACGGCGACGGGGACGGAGGCGGCUGAGGCGAAGAAGGGGGGAAAGAGGAGGAAGAACUAGUCGUUCGAGGAUCGGGGAUGAUUAACCGGGAUUGUUGUGCAAAAACUAUUUGUACAGAAAAUGGUAUUGGCGGUUACAGGGGGGGCUACAGCGAGUUUCUGGCUAAUUGAUUCGUUUAUCUAUGUAUGGGGAAGGUGUCCUUUGGUGGACGGCAAAAAGUCAACAGAGAUACCCAUGGUUCAAAUUGCUUUGCUGCUUAUUGGAUCAGAUGGGUUCUAUCUAC